CGCACUGCACUAACUACAGAGAUUGAUGGCCAUCCAAGUCGUGACGUCCGAGCUGGUCGCCCCGAGCGAGGCCACCCCGCGGCGCGCGCUCUGGCUAUCCAACCUCGACCUCGGCGCCAGGAACGGCUACUCCCCGACGGUCUACUUCUUCCGAGCGCCCCAUCGCGUCGACGACAAGAACGAGUCCUUCUUCUCGGCCGGCGUCCUCAGGGCGGCGCUGGCCAGGGCGCUAGUCCCGUUCCACCCCUUCGCCGGCCGCCUCGGCGCAGGCCGCGACGGCCGGGCAGAGAUCGACUGCAACGCCGAGGGCGCACUCUUCGUCGUCGCGCGGUCCGAGGCCAGGCUCGACGAGUUCGAGGGCUUCACGCCGUCCAAGGCGAUGCGCGACAUGUUCGUGCCGCCGUAUGACAACGCCGGCGCCGGCGCCCCGUUGCUCAUGCUUCAGGUCACCUUCUUCCGGUGCGGUGGCGUGGCGCUCGGCACGGCCAUGCACCACUUCGUCAUCGACGGCCGCAGCGCCUUCCACUUCAUCCAGACGUGGGCCAGCAUCGCCCGCGGGGAUGACAGUGCCACCCUGCCCCCGUCCCUCGACCGCACCCCGCUGCGAGCGCGCUCCCCGCCGGCCGUCCACUUUGACCACAGCCGCGAGUACCGCCUCACCGCCGCCGCAUCAACCGAUCCUCCUGCCUCUGGCUGUGUCAAGCCGUUGUCGGAAUACGCCAGCGCCAUCCUCCGAGUGACCGGCGCACAGACCGCCGCGCUCCGGGCGCGCGCGGGCGCGCCCUGCGUGUCGACGUUCCGCGCGCUGGUGGCCCACGUGUGGCGCUGCGCGUGCGCGGCGCGCUCCCUGGCCCCCGACGCCGAGUCCCGCCUGUACACCAUGAUCGACAUGCGCGCCCGCCUCUCCCCGCCGCUCCCGGACGCCUACUUCGGCAACGCGGUGGUGCGCACGUCAGUGUCCGCGAGGGUCGGCGACCUGCUGUCCGGCCCGCUCGGGUUCGGGGCGCGGCGGCUCCGCGCGGCGACGGGGCAGGGCGACGAGUACGCGCGGUCGGUGGUGGACUACCUGGAGACGGCGGACAUGGGGGCGCUGCCGAGGAGCGGUCUGCCGGGGACGGAUCUGCGGGUGAUCAGCUGGAUGGGAAUGCCGUCGCACGAGGCCGACUUCGGGUGGGGCGAGCCGGCGUUCCUGGCGCCGGCGCUCAUGUUCUACCCGGGGUUCGUGUACCUGAUGAGCUGCCCGGGCAAGGGCGGCGACGUGGCGGUGGCCGUGUCGCUGGAGCCGGAUCGCAUGGCGAGGUUCAAGGAGCUCUUUUUUGAGGAGAUGGCCGCCAUGGAGUAAGACUCGCAGUAGCCAUGAUCGUACUAAGUCUACGCGAUACAUGUAAUGCGCAGUAUAUAUAUAAUAACUGGCAGAACUGGGCGUGGUAUUAGCAUGGCUACCGUUUUACACACUUCUGCUUGUACCCUUGACUUGAAGCAGGAUUAUGCUUUUUCUAGAGGAACU